CUUAGCAACUAUUUACAUCAUGGCGGCUUCUUUCUAAGUUUUCUUGUUUUGCGGUUCGUGGUUGCUGUUUCUUGUUGUAUACUUUCAACAGAGCCAUACACCAUGACCCUUUUUAUGCCACCGAUUCAACGAAAGAAAAAAGUUGAUGAAAAAUACAAUCCUGACUCUUUUCGGGUCAUCAGUGAGGACGCUGUGUCAGAUCAUCCUAAAUACAGACCCCUACCAUACAGAGCAUCGUUUGAACCUCGAACACCAACUCCAAAGGCCCCCCAAAGAAACAAUAAUGCUUCAGAGGGAGAGCCAUGUGUUGCCCCUGUUCUGGAGCCUGUCAGGGCUCUGAAGAAUACCCGAGUGUUGCCUCAGAUUCUCCCUGAUUACAGAGCUAACAAACCUCAAGCUCGUGCUUGCGGAUUUCUUGACAGAAACGUUAGAUUUCUGAAUGAACCAAUUUGUAAUGUGUAUACAAAGCCAGUUCAGCAUGAGGAAAAGCAAUGGUGGCCAACGCGGCCAAAUCCUGGAGACUUACAAGUACCGCCAUAUGCCGAAGACACUCACUACAGAACUGAUUAUAACAAUCGCCACGGGGAGAGACCUGAUGGAUCAGGAAGACACACUUCCAAUGUACAUAGAGACCCUGCUUUAGGCACAGUUCCCGUGAAUUACUUGAGGGAAAAAGAUGGAUCUCAAAGAUUUUACAAGGAAGGCAUGUCAUAUGAACACAUGUACAACUGCAGGUCAGAUCCCAGCUAUCCAAUUCGAGGAAAACGCCAUGGUGCCUUUGUAUGGAGUCGCAUGGACCCGAUCAGUCAGAAGAAAUUCAUUGAAUAUUAUCAGCGGCUGGAAGAACAAGAAAGAGCCCAACAGCAGGAAGGAGGUCCUUCGCCUCCUGAAAAAGCUCAAAGUGCAGUGGUUGUCAGGAGCGCUAACAGUAACAACAGUAACAGUAACAGAUCUGGCCAAAACUCCCCCAAAAGAAGAAGCUCCUCCACCUCCGUCCAUCUGAGGUCUCGUGCCGCUUCAAACUCGAAUGGUUCGGAUCCAGUACCCCUAGUGCCUACAGCACAAGCUGCUCCGACCGAAAAACAGUCUCCAGCUCCGCAAGAAAGCCAGAGCCAGAGCCAAUUAGAGGCAAAAGCAGAAGCUGUCACUGCACUCGUGGAAUCCAGUGUACCCGAUGAAUCAAAAGCAGAAGAGUCUUAACUCUGUUGUGGUCUAGUUGCAAUGCUUUUGAUGGUUAGAACUUACGGACACACUUCUGAAUAAUUUUUGCCAAUUUUUAAACAAAAUUGUCAAAAUCUGAGUAGUAAGCAAAAAUCUAAUUAUCAACCAUUCUCAAGCUUUUGAACUGAAUUUUGUUUCCAUUGAAUUUUAAAACAGGCUAUGUUAAACUUUUUCACAACUUUGGAAACCUGGACCCCGUUGAUUUUUCAUAGUGCUUAAUCAAGGAAUGAAAAAAGAAGAAGUAUUAAUCAAAUAAGUUUUAUUUCAAGCUGCAUGAGCUUUCAAGAAAAGGGCUGAUUGAUAUUAUUUUUAUGGAAAAGAUGGGGAUGUUGCAUGUAUCAUGCUUCCAACAGCUUUGUAUAUUGUAAAUAAAAGUGCAGGCAUAUUUUAUAUCACAGUGUGAGUGAUAUCUUAAAAUCAAACUGCAUAUACCGGUAUCAGUACUUGCCUGAUAUGUAUAAAGUAUUAUGUUUUUUUUAUACAUUUACAUGGAAAAGAAAUGUCACUUGCUGCUGCGCACAGAAAAAUGCGCGAGUACCUAUGUUGAAUUUAUUUAAAUUUUGACUCCAGCAAAAUGAAAAACGUUGUCUCUUUUUAGCAGAGGUAUAGGUACUGAUAAUUUUUUUUUUAACCUGAUCACUCAACUUCUGUUCAUGAACAUAUGAUUAAUGCUGUGUGGCCUUAUUGAAUUGCAGUUUUGUUUCAUAUUCUUUUUUUUUGUUUGUUUGUUUCCAAUUCUCUUACUUCAAAGAAGAAGAAUUUCUAUGCAUGCAGCAGUCUUUUGUUCUUACAAUUACAAGGAAAUACCUGUAGUGCUGCAACUUUAGAUUAGAGCAUAAGGAAACUUGAGCAAAUAGAUAUUUCUCUGUGGAUGACAAACAAGGUUCCGUCUAUGCAUUCAGCUUCCAUUUUUAUCAAUGUAGACUGUUUAUCGACUCAUUUAAAGUAUUGUUAAUGAACUGAUGCAAGCAUGUCUGUGAUUCCAGGCAUAAUAUGACUCCUGGUUUUUUUUUUUAACUGCUUUAUGCCUGCUCUAUUACAAAAGUCUUUCCACUCUUUUUAUAAGAUAAGUCGGUUCAGCACUUCUUUCCAUGUACAUUUUUCUCUUUUCUUCAUGGGGAUGGAGUUGUUAACUUUUUUAUUUGUUUUGGUUUGCUGGGUUGACAGUUUGAUAGUUCAAAUUAAGAGACUGUUGGGGUUUUUUUUUAGCCUGUACUUAUUUAUAGAGCUUUCUGCUCUCUAUGUAUGUAACCCAGAUCUUAGAUGAAAGAUAUGAACAGUAAUCUAAAGUCUUCAAAGCUGAUCUGUACCACAGCCCAUGACCAAAAUUGACAUUGAUAUGAUAGUACAUCAAUGUUUAUCUCUUUCCAUAUACAGACUUCGUUGUUUUCUUGAAUUUGCCCCUGAUAUGGUAGAUUGCAGUUUUCUGCAUUGACUUUACACAAUAAAGGUCAAUGUCUGAUAUGAUUAGAACCGUACAAUCCUUUAUACCUAUUUUUAUAAUAAUAAAUUUGAAUGUGACGAUGCACCACAGCACUGCAGUUGUACCACUCAUAUUUUAUUUCUCAUGUUGACAUGAAGCAAAGAUAGAUGGGAAUGAUAAUUCAAGCUUCAAACUUUGAUAAACAGCACAAUAAUUUUGAUGAAUAAAUUUGUACAGCUCUACCAUUUUAGACACAGUAACAUAAUUUUUAAGACCGUACUCAAGAAUACAACCUCUGUGGGAUACUGAAAAAAGCAAUCGUUACUUCACCUAAGGGAGGGCCACUGACACAGUCAUUUCACAAGCAAUCAUAUGAACAUUAUAAUAUUACUACAAUGUAAAUAAAGUAUAUAAAAUAAUAACAUCACCAGGAUGCAAAAUGUGAAUGUGAGUGGCAAUAGACUUGCUCCUUCCAUGCUAGAACCUCGCUACACAUUUCCUGUAUAAAUUUUUCCUGGCUGUGAUGAAUUCUUUGUUGAUUCACAAUGGGAUGUACUGAGCUGUGCAGAAUCAACUUUGUCAAAAGAAAUAAAAAUCUUUUUUUUUAAAAACUUUUU